GUGGCUAAGCUUCUUUUGCAGAAGCCAAUGGUCGGAGGGAUCGAGAAAGAGAAUGAGCCGGCAAGAGAAUUCUUCUUACCGUGAUGUUAGAGAUAUGUUUCGAAGAGCAGAAGCAGAGGGCUGGUUCUUCCCGUGGGAAAACAACGCCAAGUAUCCUCUGAGCAUGUCGUCAAGAGUUGAUUUUGAAGGUGGAGCUGGCCUUCCGCCUGCAGGUCAGCCACGCUACAAAGAGGCUGCCGUUCUCUUCCUGAUGGGCUGCAAGGCCAGGUCCACCCAGCUACAGGUCCUCAUCACUAAAAGAUCCAUGGAAGUCACCUCUCAUCCAGGUGAAUACUGUCUACCAGGUGGGAUGCACGACUCCACUACAGACACAACACUAGUUGACACUGCUCUUCGAGAGGCGAGGGAAGAGGUUGGAGUCAGCAGAGACAGUGUGGAGGUCCUCUGCUCCCUCCCUCCCUUCCUCUCUGGCUGGCACCACACCACAGCUGUGGGUGUCGUACCAGGUCUCCUCUGUGGGGACAUUGAAGGUCUGGAGAUCAGAGAGAACAGGCGAGAGGUGGAACACACCACGUGGAUCCCACUCAGACACUUCAUCGUGGGGGACUACCACAGGCAAAUGCGGGGAGCUUGGCGUGGGCUACCGUCAUCCAUAAGCUCGUUUUAUCUUCCCCCGUCAACUGAUUCUGGGGGACACCCUCGGGUUGUCUGGGGACUCACUGCUGCCAUAUGCACUGGAGUGUCCAGCAUUGCACUGGGGGAGCUGCAACACUAUCCCUCCUACUGUUCAGCCAUCUCCAAGAUAGAUGACAAAUACGUGCACAUGUCAGAGCUAGCCCACACAUCCCAGCUGUACAGGGAUUUUCAAAAAUCAAAGUUGUGACAUAAUAGAGAUUUCAUAAUGCAGCUUGCUCUGCUACUGGGGCGGGUUUCUCUGUGAAGCGGACUCUGAUAGGUAGUUUAUAGGCUGCCUGCUUGUAGGCAGCUUUGGCUAGACUUCCGCUGGGGCAGUUGAACUCGUACAGAAGUUUCCCUGCCUUCACGUAGGCUACGAAAUGAUCAACGCUUCCUUUCCCCUUCCCCAUCCGCACCUCAAGAGGUUUCUUGGUGACCGGUAUGUGGGGGAAAACUCGCACCCACAUCUCGAGGUCUUUCCUGCCGACUUUCUUUAGGAUGGCCAUUCGAGCUGCUUCUAUCUGUUCGGCAUUGAGACGUAUCGACUCCAUGGCAUAGAUACCGUAGGUGCCAAAGUGGAGGGUGGGUGUGGGGACUGUGUCUGGUUUCGCAGGCAGGACUGCUCUAAUGUUCUUGUGC